AUGAAACUCUAUCUGUUCCACAGGUCUGUCAAUGCAAUGACACCCUAUCUGUUACACAGGCCUGUUACAACAAUGACAACCUAUCUGAUUCAUAGGUGUGUUACAGCAAUGACACCCUAUCUGUUACAUAUGUCUGUUGAAGCAAUGACACCCUAUCUGUUACAAAGGUAUGUUACACCAAUUACACCCUAUCUGUUACAAAGGCAUGUUACAGAAAUGACACCCUAUCUGUUACAAAG